CUCGACAGUCACUCGUGGUUCCGCAGUCUACGUUUUGAUUCGGGUCCAAAAUGUAAAUUCCACCUGUGAGAAGGACCACAAACGAAAUUUCCGUGAAGUAAUCUAUUUCACAUUUUUGAAAAUGUUGUCGGGAAGGGUUAUUUUGCACAUGCCUGGCAGCUUCGUCGCUGCUGGGCAAGUGCGUGGGAUGGCGACUUUGAAAGAUAUUUCCAUCCGCCUGAAAUCGAUCAAGAAUAUUCAGAAAAUCACCAAAUCCAUGAAGAUGGUGUCCGCUGCUAAGUACGCCAGGGCCGAGCGCGAACUGAAGCCUGCGAGACCGUAUGGCGCAGGCGCAUUAGCCUUUUACGAGAAAGCCGAUGUUAAAGCGGAUCCUACGAAGCCCAAUCAUUUGGUCGUUGCCAUUAGCAGUGAUCGCGGACUCUGCGGAGGCAUCCAUUCGGGUAUUGUCAAGGCAAUCCGCAAUGAUCUGGCGCAAAAAGGCGGCACCGAGAAUGUGAAAAUCGUGGCUGUCGGAGAUAAGGCCAGGGGGAUUUUGCAGAGGACAAUGGCCAAAAAUUUCCUGGUGACAGUGAAAGAAUUGGGCAGGAAGCCGCCAACAUUCGCUGAUGCUUCGGAAGUUGCUCAGGCCAUCCUCGACUCUGGCUAUGAAUUCGACAACGGCAGUUUAUAUUACAAUACUUUCAAGUCCGUCGUUUCAUACAAGCCCACCGUAAAACCACUCUUCUCCUUGGACGCCAUAUCCCGCGCUGAUAAGAUUAACUUAUACGAUGAUGUGGAUGCAGACGUUUUAAAAAGCUAUCAAGAGUAUAAUAUCGCUAGCUUGAUUUACUACGCCAUGAAGGAAAACGCUUGCAGCGAGCAGAGUUCGAGGAUGUCGUCCAUGGAUAACGCCAGCAAGAAUGCAGGUGAAAUCAUUCAGAAACUUACUUUGACGUUCAACCGUACUCGCCAGGCCGUCAUUACUCGGGAGCUUAUCGAAAUUAUUUCCGGGGCAUCGGCAUUAUAAAGUCAUCUUGGGAUUGUUUUUAUUGUAUUUUAUUAUCCGCUUACAAUUAUUGUUCUGUGCAGUGUGGUUUUUCUUUUUGCGCAUUAUAUUCGUUUCCUAACCAGAGCUUUGCAUUUGAUUGAUGGUUUAGCCAGUAGGCAGUAUCCGUAGUGUUAUUCAUGCAAGGUAUGUAAACGCCCUGUAUAAGAAUGGCGCUCGUGUUUGUCAAUGUGAGUUUAGCUUCGCUAGUUCUGCAUUGUUGCUGCUUUAGAAAAAAAUCCAUGGUUUGA